AAGCCCUCUUCCUCGAUCCUCCCUCCACCACCGGCCGCCGCUACCGACUUUGCUCAAUCUCGAGCUGCUCGUUCUCUCCUCUCCCCCGACGACCAGCGCAGGAGAUAGAAGAUAAGAGAGGAGGGAAAGGGAGAGGGAGAGAGAGAAGGAAGGAGAGGAGGGAGAAAGAGAGAGGAAAGAGAAGAGGGAGGUACGAUGGCGGACGGGGUAGGUUCACCGGCCGGCACCGGCGAGGUCGGGCGUGGUCUCCCGGUCGGUGGUGGCUCGAUCCGCUCCUGGAUCGGGGGCCUCCCGUCCGCACCGCAGCACCGCCGGCAUGGAGGCCCGGGCUCGGGCAGCCACUGCCCUCCUUCUCUCUAUUGUUCACUGCUUGCAGAUUCCUUUCAUCUUGUGCUUUAUUCUCAUAUGUGUUUCCCAUCUCGCAGAUCAUGGGGAAGUGAGUGGGCGGAUCAUCCUUGUUUGCUAACCCUGCACGUGGUAAUCCUCUUCGUUUCAUCGAAACUCGUCUUUGUCCGGCAUUCAGUUGCGGUUCUUGUCGCCUUAUUCAGGCAUCCUGCUCGUUGGUGAUUGGGUUCUCGGGUUAGCUCGUGUUUCUCAUCCAGUAGGUGCGCACGAUAUGAGCUCAAAUGAUCAUGCCCACGAUAUGAGCUUAAAUGAUCCUGUCCAUGAUAUGAGCUCAACUGAUCCUGCCGCGGAUCGUGCUGCUGCACGUGACCGUUCUGUGGCUCGGUGGCGCAACGGAGUCUCAGCGCGAAUCGCACUGUUUCAGGAUGCGUUUAGUGCCGGGCGUGCUACUUCCUCUGUCCCUGCAAACACGCUGUUUGUAGGUGGCGGUUACUUCCCGGUUGUCUCAGCUGCUUAUAGCAGCGUUAGGCGUCAACAGCGAAUGCGAAAGAGAAAGUUCCGUAAAUGGGUUUCUUCAGACAGCAGGUCGGCUUUCUCUCGCCGCUCUGAACUGCAGGACUCGCUGGAUGGAUGUGAAUGUGAGCAACCAAACUAUCAGGUUAGAUUUUUGUGGCAUAUCACUAUGAGGAAGCCGACAACCUGGAUUGCCAAUUACCUCCGCAGGGUUAUGUGCACAUUGAGAGUUUCUUCUGCUCGUGGCAGCCGUCGUCCACAUGCUCCUCCUAAAGUUCCUCCUUGUCACCACGAGUGGAUGCCGGUGAGGCCAGCCUUCCCGGACUGGUAUGCUAUCUUCUCAUGCUGCUGCAACAACUUCAUAAAUUGUGACUUGAGACACCUCCCUGCGGAUUACCAUCAAUACUUACAAGAAAAUGAGGUGAAAGUGAGUACAGUUGAAAGCUACCCUAUGAAUAAUGGAGGAUGCACCAGCAGGUCAAUUAACUCCUCAUCCUGCAAAUCAUGCCUGAUCUUAGCUGAACUAAAUCUUUGUGAUAUUAGCGACCACUUUUGUAUUUCAAGACAAAUCAACACCCAACCACCAUCCACGGGUAAAAUGUUGCAUGUUUUCUUUUUUCUUUUGAGGAAGAAUGUGGUAUAAUUUCAGUUGGUCCUGUAUAUAAUUACACAUGUUACACAAUUUUUGCUUGCUUUGGUACCAAUUACCAAGGAUAGUUUGUCCAAAAAGUUUGGAUAUGCGGGAGCUUUGUGCCCAUUCGCAGAAACAUUUUGAACACUCACACAGUUGGUUUUACAAAUCAAAAUAAUUGUAAUUUUGAAAUUAUGUGGGGAGCAUGGAACCUGAAUCCCUUAAGGCCUUCCCAUCUCAUGUUUGGAAGAAGUUACGGUAUUGAUUGGUUAGGGU